AUAAAUAAAUAAAAAAUCCACAGUUAAAGUCGUGAAGCAUGGCUCACGUGUAAUGAGAAAAUACCUUUCUCAGUUCACAUAUAUAAUCUCCAUUCUUGUAGUGUUUAUAGCAAAGCAAAAUAUAGAGACAAGCAUGGAGAUGAAGGUUGAGAUAGUAGCUAGAGAAAUCAUCAAGCCAUCUUCUCCCACUCCCAAUCAAUUUAGAAUUUACAAGUUCUGUUCUAGGGAUCAAUACUCUCCCCAUCAUUACAUCCCAGCUGUUUUCUUCUAUGCCAACCCUACUCGUGAUGUGAAUCACGAAGAGUUGGUUAGCAUAAGAUCCCAACGCUUAAGGGAAACUCUCUCUGAAACCCUCACUCGCUUCUACCCACUUGCCGGAAGACUGAGAGACAAUCUCUUUAUCAAUUGUAACGACGAGGGUGUUGAUUAUUUGGAAGCUCGAGUCACCCACUGUCGUCUCUCAGACAUUCUUGAACAACCCAAAGCCAAAGAAAUGUACCGUUUAUUGGAACCCGACCCCGAAGACUUUAACAAGAACCCUCUGUUAUUCGUUCAACUUAACUUCUUUCCAUGCGGCGGAAUGGCGCUUUGUGUGCGUAUGUCUCACAAGAUCGCCGAUGGAGUCGCGUAUGGCGCCUUCGUUAAGGCCUGGUCAGACAUCGCCCUCGGGUCGUCUGAGACUAUUAUGACCGAGAAGAUUGUCACAAAAAGGUUUGUGAUCGACCCGUCGAAAGUUGCUACCCUUAAGGCCAAAGCGACCAGCACGGGCGUGCAGCAACCAACCCACAUCGAGGCUGUCACUGCAGCCCUCUUGAAAUGCGCAACGGUGGGGGCGGAAACAGACGUGCCAGGCUUGGUUUGUCAGCUGAGGAAAGGGGUUCAACAGUCCACUGAUAACAAUUUCACCGCCGAAAAGACAAAACUGUUGAGACUCAAGGGAGAGGCUGUGAAGGUGUAUCGCCAUGGCAAUUGGCGUAGGUUUGGUCUAUACGAACUUAAUUUCGGGUGGGGGAAGCCAACAUAUACGACUGUUGUUUUAUUUGGUGCCCCAAUUGGAAUUGGAUUGUUGGACACAAGAGAUGGUGACGGAAUAGAAGUGUGGAUGACUUUGUUGAAAGAAGACAUGGCCGUGUUUGAAAGUGAUCAGGAGUUGCUAGCUUUUGCCUUGCCAAACCCAAGUGCACUCGAAAAUUGAUCAAUUAAUAUUAAUAAUAAUGAUGUUAUGAUGA